GAGAGAGCAAAGGGCAGUUUCGUGUAGACGUUGCGCGAAGAAAGUCGUCGUUUUCUUGUUGUCGGUUUUAGUUCAGUGUGACGUUUGCAAACUGUGCAGUGCAGUGGAAACCACUUGCAUAUUCGGCGAGAAAAAAAAAGAGAAAAUCCUCGCAGAUUUGCGAUAUCCCCUAGCUGGGCAAUGAUUUCCAGUAAAAUUGUGGGCCUGGUUUGAAAGUUCCGCGUAUGUUUUUCGAUCUCUCCGAGUGUUCGGAACCGUGCCGUCGUAGGGUAGCAUUCUCGAAUUAUUGAUUUUUCUCAAUUGUCACUUUUUAGCGGUUGUGUUCGUAGUGAUUGAACUUGGCAAAGUUAAUAGUGAAAAUACCUGAUCGGGAGUGAGGCAAACCACGGCCGCAAACAGCGGAGUGACCGUCGUCGUCUUCCUGCAGUGCCAUCAAUGUCGCAAGCAGUUUAGCUAGUGUUGUGUUAAAAUAUAGCGACCCCGGCAGGAAGUGGGUUGGUGAAAAAGAAAAAGAAAAAAAGUGAUAAAUUGCUGUCGGUGGAAGGUUAGUCCGAGGUAGUAAGCCCCCGGAACCUUGUCACCAGGGCGACUUGUGCAUCUCGACUGAAAUUCACCUCAAAACAAUGGAUUAUUAACCAUCGAAUCUCAACGGGCAGGAAGUAAUCUCCAAUACGAGUUAAACGGAAUAUUCAUCAUGUGGAUUCCAACGAACAACAAAUACGGAGUCGCCAUCCACAACUGGCACGGACGCGUCACCCACGGACUGGCACUGGACGUUGGCGAUUUCGUCGAGAUACUGGAGGAAACGACACACUGGUUUCGGGGCACCUGUCCACGGAAACCGCGCAAAGUGGGUCUCUUUCCGAAAACGUACAUCCACCUGAAAGACCUGGCCAAGCUGGACCCGGUGGUGGCCGAGUGUACCCUGGUACUGCGCGAGUGGUCCGAAAUAUGGAAGAAACUGUUUGUGGAACGCGAGGAAUACAAAUUCACCUCACUGCGGAAGGUGAUGCUGGCAUUGCUGGAAAGUCGACGGGAGUUGCUGAGCGCCACCCUCACUCAGGACCAGACGUACGAUCUACAGAUGAAAGUGAUCUCGAAGAUCGAUUGGGGCAAUCGAAAACUAGGCUUAGAUUUAGUGCCAAGAUUAGGAACGCUGGCGGUUGAUCCGCACAAGAUCGGCAUCGUAUCGCUGCAUCAAGUGCACGUCAACAGUGCCGAAAAUGCCAAAGCUGCCUCGAAUCGAGGCACACUGCGCCGUAAAGCAGGCAAAAAAGUGCUCACCCAUCACCUGUACUUUUGCAUGCGUGACUUCGGCCAUCGGAUCGGGGACGACGCCGAGAUCUACUUCUAUCUGUACGAUGGAAACACAAGCCGGAUGCGGGCCUUGUCCGAACGGUUUCUGGUUCGUAUUGCCAAAGACGGGUUCUCCACGUACGUCGAAACGUCGCAUAACUGUACGGUAUUUACCGAUCUGGGUUCAUCCGAUUUGAACCAGGAUCUGUACCUGAUCGCCAACGUUAUGCGGCUCGGAAAAAUGCUACACUCGGAAUCGGUCAAGAAGGGCGACAAAUUUGUUAGCAAUCAUUCCUACCGGAGACCGUACGGUAUCGGCGUUCUGCCGUUGAGUGAAAUCGGACAGUUUGAUCAGACGGUGGAAUCGGAAGAGAAGGAAUUCAGUUUCAAGAUAUUCCAGUGUGAGGAAAAAGAUUACCACCAACUGCACGAGCUAAUUAUUAAGAAGGCGAGUGGAAAAUUUCAACCCAUCAAUGCCAGCACCCAGAGUCAUUACGGAUUGGUUGUUUCGCUGAAGCUGAUUCAUGGUGGUUUGGGACAGGCAAAGAUUGAGCAACCUAUACUGUUCCAGGGAACGGCCAUCACCAAAAAGAUCGGAUUUCCCGAUGUCAUCAUGCCGGGUGACGUACGGAACGAUCUUUUCCUAACACUGGAACGAGGAGAGUUCGAAAGGGUCGGCAUUAGUACGGCUAAGAACAUUGAAAUUACUACCCUUGUGCUGGAUGAAAACGGUAGGAUCGUGCAGGAAUGUAUCGCCAUUGCGGCCGGCAAUUCGCUUCAGGCGUACUACAAAUCUAUGGUGCUGUACCACAACAAUUCACCGGCUUGGAACGAAACCAUUCGGAUGUUCGUGCCGAUCGAUAAGUUUAGUAAAGCUCACGUGCGGUUUGAGUUUCGAAGUUGCUCGACUCGGGACAAAUCGGAUCCCAAAUUGUUCGGAUUUAGUUUCGCCCGUCUGAUGGAACCGGGAGGAGCCACCAUCGCGGACGGUUCGCACGAACUGUACGUGUACAAGUGUGAGGAUAUCCUUAAAGUUCAGCCCAACAUUUACCUUCGGCUUCCGUGUUCGGCCAACGACAAACAUGCUCAUACUUUGGAAUCGAACUCCUCGUACCAUCGAAGUUCGAAGGAGGCAUUCUUCGUCAAAACGAUACUAUGUUCUACCAAACUAACCCAAAAUAGUGAUCUCCUGUCGCUGCUUCAGUGGCGUAACCAUCCGGAACGUAUUCAGGAUUCGCUGCAGCGAGUACUGAGACUUCACAACGAAGAACUGAUCAAGUUUUUGCAGGACGUUCUGGACGCUCUGUUUGCCAUGUUUUCCACAGACGAUGGAAACAGUACUCCACACUCCGGACUGGUUUUCCACGUGUUGGUGUCGAUUUUUAGUCUGAUGCAAAGCAGUAAAUUUCAACACUUCAAACCCGUUAUGGAUGCCUACAUCAAGGAUCACUUCGCUGCUCCGUUGGUCUACAAAGGUUUGCUCUCGUCAGUGCAACAUCUAGCCGAUUGGAUGAUGACGGCGGAAAAUCUUGAACCUAUCCUGCAAUGUUUCACUUCGUUGGAAUUUAUCUUCAAGCUGAUCAUUCAAAGCCGCAAGUUGUUUGCUCAUGCCUCCGGUGGACAGUACGAGGACAAAUUCAAGCACGAUCUGUUUGCCGUGUUCACGUCGCUCAACGGGAUGCUACUGGUGGUCAGUCAUCCUCACAUUCUACCCACCCAGGAGGCUCUGCUUGCCUCAAUCGGUGUAGUUUUCGAGCAGCUGCAAACAAUUAUCACCAAAGCCGAACUGGAGAUGCUAGUCAAAGGCAUGCUGGACGCGGUACCAAAGGAAGCUCAACCUCCGCUUAUUCAAGCAAAAUUAAAAUCUAUCAAAGACUUGGUCUCCGGUCAGCUGUUCCAAGACGAUGAACUUCGCUCGGUCAUUCUAAAUAUUGCCUGCAAACAUCUGCGGACUCAUUUGGCUCGGCGAGACGAGUUACGGCUAUGUUCGGAAAUUCUAGCUGAAGUACUGAUCAAACUGCAUGACGCCAAGCUGGAGAAUGGCGAAAAACCAUCGAAUGCCAUCCAUCAUGACUUGGAUACACUGUUUUCGAACAUCUUCACGAUUCUGAUGCAAACCAUCAACGUACUCGGUAACGGUGGCAAUGAUUCGUUAGUCUGCGCCCUGUUUGCGGUGAUGCUGGGUCUUAUGCAGCUGCUGGACGAAUCCCACUAUCAGCGAAUGUGGGACCGGCUUAGUUCGGUCGGCAAUAACAAAGAUCUGAAGGAUUUCAUUCAGCAGUGUCUGAGCAUCUUCAAGGAUAUUCUGGAACAGGAUUGGAUGAUUUUCUCCAAGGACUGGCUGGUGAUGAAGAUGUCAUCGAACGAGGUACUGCGCAAAACACUGGAGGAACUGGCCAAACCGCUGGUGUACCGAUUUCUCGGAUCGCAAUCGUUCGACUCGCAGCUCUGGUGGACGUACUUCAGUGUGGCGGUAAUUUUUCUCACCCAACCGUCCCUGCAGAUCGAGCAGUACCACGAGACGAAGCGGCGCAAAAUUCUCAGCACCCACGGCGACAUGCGCGUUGCCAUGGGCUUUCAAAUAUUGAGCAUGUGGUCCCAGCUUGGGGAGCACAAGCUGCACUUCAUCCCGUCGAUGGUCGGACCGUUCCUGGAGGUUACGCUGGUACCGGAACCGGCCCUGCGGAAGGCUACGUUCACCGUGUUCUACGAUAUGAUGCAGUGCGAGCAGGUAUCUCGUGGCUCAUUUCGGCUGGUGGAAAGUGAGUUGAUCGACAAGCUGGAUUUGCUGAUCAGCGAGAACAAAGGUGAUGAUGAGUACCGCGAACUGUUCAGCACCAUUUUACUGGAGCGUGUCCAGGCCGAAAAUCCUUCCUGGCGUGAGGCUGGGACGGCAUUCAUAUCAUCCGUCACUCGACUACUGGAGCGUUUGCUAGACUACCGUAGUGUGAUGCAAGGUGACGAGAACCGUGACAAACGAAUGACCUGCACCGUAAAUCUGCUGAAUUUCUACAACGAUGAAAUCAACCGGAAGGAGAUGUAUGUGAGAUACAUUUACAAACUGUUGGAUCUUCAUCUGGGAGCGGAAAACUACAUCGAGGCCGGAUUGACCCUGAAACUCUAUGCCGAUAUGCUUUCCUGGGACAGUGAGAACAUUUCGGACGAAGCCAACGGUCCGAUGGAAUGGGAACAGAAGGAAAAGAUUUACAAAAAUAUCAUAAACUACUUCGACAAGGGAAAAUGUUGGGAGAAGGGAAUUCCACUAUGCAAGGAGUUGGCCAUGUUUUACGAACGAAAAAGGUUCGAUUAUAAUCGGUUAAGUGACGUGCUGAUCCAGGAGGCCAAGUUUUUCCAGAAUAUUUUGACCCAGUUGCGACCGGAACCGGAGUACUUUCGCGUUGGUUAUUACGGGACUGGAUUCCCUUCGUUUGUUAGGAACAAACAAUUUAUCUACCGUGGACUGGAGUACGAGCGAAUUGGUGCGUUCAUCCAGAGGCUUCAGAUUGAGUUUCCGGCGGCUCAGAUUCUAGACAAGAAACACUACCCGCCGGAUAGUUCCAUCCUCAAUUCACCGGAACAGCGCUUCCACGUGGUCAACGUGCGUCCUAUUUCCGAUCCCAGUCAUUUGAAAAGUGCCAAAGUUACCGUUCCGGAGAAGAUUUCCAAAUACUACGAGGUUAACGAUGUUACAAAGUUCCAGUACGACCGUCCCGUCCACAAGGGUGUUGUCGAUAAGGAGAAUGAAUUCAAAUCGCUCUGGAUCGAACGGACGAUCUACGAUACUGCUCAGCCACUUCCGGGUAUCCUACGUUGGUUCGAAGUGACAAAUGCCUCCAUCCAUGAGUUGACACCGGUCGAGUUCGCCUGCGAAACGGUGGCCAACGUGAACAAGGAACUGUCCGAUCUCAUCGUCCAGUAUCGGUUGGAACCGAAGCGAAAUUUGAACCCCUUUACGAUGCGUCUGCAGGGAUCGGUGGAUGCCAACGUGAACGGAGGUUUCAACAAGUAUCAGGAUGCGUUCUUUACCGAGCGCUUUUCGAAAUCUCCCGAAGGUCGCGAUCAGAGUAUUUACGUGCAGCGGUUGAAACGGUUGAUUUUUGAGCAGAUGCAAAUCUUACGCCAAGCGUUGGAACUACACCGGAGCCUGGCUUCGGACGAAGUUCUUCCACUGCACAAUCGUCUUUCGGAGGCGUUCCUAGAGCUGGAGAAAAGUACCGCCGAAUGGAAGACUAACAUUAACAUUCCAACUAAACCGCUUCCACCGCUUCCGAUCGCAAACGUCCACUCGAACCCGUCGGCGUCGGGUGGCAUGACAGCAUCCGGAAAUUCUCAGAAUUAUUUUUUUGAGGAUCACGACGAGACCUACACUUACCUCAGUAGGAAAACACUGUCCUUAUCGGGGAUCGUUCCAAUGACGGCCAUGACAUCGUCUCCCAUUCCGGCUCCUCAGGUUCCCCCGAGAGAUUCACUUACCUCGUCUCCUUCAGCGCCACCACUUCCUCCGCGGGGUCACACUCCGGAUAAGCGUAGCUCCAAUCCAAUGCCAUUCACUGAGUUCGUAGAACAACAACAGCAGCAGCAGGGCUCGGCACCUGCUCGUCCGCGAUCAAAAAAGUAUUCCUUGUAUGAAAUUUCUCUCAACGAAAGUAUGAACCAAAGCUACGGUAGUCCAAGAAGUUCUAGUGAAUUGAAAGGUCAAUACGACAUCGGAAUAUUCAAUCGAGAUUCGGGGAUCUCAACGAGUUCGCAAGAACUGAACAAUCUCAAUAACGGUACCCAGCAGGUUUCCACAGCGAAUAACCUCCAUCAUUAUCACCAGCCGAUGUCGGUUUCGGCUGUACCGACUGAAGAGUACAACAUUUCUUUGAACGGAAACGGUGCAACAACACCGCGUGGUCACCAGAAAACCAAUUCCAAUCCGGAAGCUUACAACCAGAUGAUGAACAGCCAGGAUCUAAAAAUGAACACCAUCAACACGUCGAUGAGCAAACUGACGAUGGCGAAUGGUUCCGGAGCUCCUCAUUCACCUCCACCACCGAUUCCACCCAAGUCAGCGUCGCUUCAGCAUCAACAUUCCUUCUCGUCACCGGGACAACCUCCACCGCAUCACCAUCAUCACCACCAGCGGAACCAAUCGUUGAAUUUGAGCCAUAAUUCUUCUUCCGAAGGGGAUGCAAUAAGUUUGAAUGACAUAAGCCCCGCACCGCCACCGUUCAAUGACACGUUCAGCGAUUCCUACAGCGAUGACUGCGAAAGCAACACCAUGGUUACGAGCUCCAAUCCGGCCGAAAUGGCUGCCUACUGUGUACCGAAGGUCGUGCAACAACCGUCAACCGGUGGCAGUCUAGGCAGACGGUCAUUGAAUGGUGAUGAACUUUGCGGUGGAAUUGUCGAGGUUCGGAAUACGACCAUGGUUCCCAUGAGACAGGAUGAUGAUGACGAAGAGAUCUUCUACUAGAAUUUUGUCUCUCUCUCACUCUUUGCUCUGGCAGUUCGUUUUCCAAACUAGUUCUAAGCUAAUAAUGGUAGGUAAGUGCAAAUAUACGAGGAAAAAAACGGAAGCAUGUCGCAGGCGUCGAAAUACUCAAGUUUAACAGGAUAAACCAUGUGUUGUAAUUGAUACCAACGAUCUUCUCUGGUUGUUCGCUUUGCUCGUCAGCUUGAAAACCCAGAGACGACGAAACAAAGGCUUUUCUUUUUUAGAUUGAACCUCAAAUACCAGGUGAUGUGUAACUAAGUAUAUUUACCGGGGGAAAAACUGGUCAAACGCCAAACAAUUUUUAGCUUGUAAGUUAUAUACAUGAAACAACAACCAAACUAUACACGUAUAUCUACGAGAUAAAGAUAAAACUACUACACGUAAGUCGGAAAAUAUGGUAAAAUGCUGUGAAUAUUUAUAUACAACAUACGUAAACAGUAACUAAACUUUUGACUUUUGGCCGCGGAAACAAUCCCAGAACCCUAGAUGGCUAACAAGAUUUCAAUUCAGUCUAUUAAAUUUAAUUCAAUUUCCAAAAAGUAGCCAAAAUGCUUGAUUAUGCUUUGAAGCACGUUUGACUGUUUCUUCGUUAUAUCCGUUUAUUAAUGGAUCUGCAAAACAAACAAACAAACAAAAAAACUAAUCUAAAAUUGAUAUUACUCUGAUUGAUAACCAAAUGAACACUUGAAAAAAAAAAUGAUUCUAAAAGCAAACAUAUUACCACUUAAAGACAGGAAGCAGGUUUGAAAUAAUGAUUAAUAAAAUUACGAUACUAGUCAAGUGGUGAAGUGUGGAAUGGUGGAUUUAUCGGGAGGCACUGAGGAACACGGUCCAACGGGAAGGGGAAGCAUUUUUGCUUCCCCGUUUUUUGAAUAAACGAACACCACAGCCACAGAAAUGAUCUGAUGUGAAACCAAGAAACUUGUGACCGAAUAUGAAUGAUAUCCCAUUUGCUGAAAUGGUAAAAUAAAAUAUUCAAGAAAUUUUAUACAUGGAA